AGGCAAGGAAAUGGUAAAAGUUCCUAAACGUUAACCUUAUGUCUAAAGUGUCAAUUCUUCAAUCACUUCUAUGGGCAAUUUUUGACGUCAAAACUGUGGAGAAAAUGUUUUUGGAAUUUGGUUUUAUUGAGCUUAUAUAUCGUAUUCUAACACAACAAACAAAUUUAACGAUUUCCUCUCGUAGUGAGGUUUAAAAUGAAAGUUUAUUUUAGUCGUAAUGGCUGUUUUUUGUCGCAGAUUUUUUUACAAGUAUGGAAAGUGCUUAUUGAUAACAAUUUUGAUCGCAUUUUUUGCUCAAAUUCUCAUCGCUAUUAAUUAUUUUCCUUCUGCUAAUGACAACUUACUGUACAAUGCACACAAAUCUUCUGCCAAGCAAGAGAUUGGAGACGUUUCGGCUCGAAAAAUUGGUCCGGGUUUCGACGAUGACGAGGAUUUCCCGGCGAAAGCAAAGGCUCAGAAUAAACCUGUCGCUCGUCUGCGGGUAGAAGAACUAGAUUUUAAGCCAAUUUGCGAUAUAAGAAGUCGAGAAGCGAUAUCUGCUAUUCACAGGGCCAAGACACAAUCAUGUAAGGAACAAAUAGUUAAUAAAACUUGCUUGAUUCAGGCUGGAAGUUUUUACCCCAGAUCAUUACCAAAUAAUUGCCAAGGCAAAGGAAUGACUUAUGGAAAACAUUUAGGUUGUUACCAAGAUGAGAAGAAGCUGAGAAUACUUUCUGGUUUUUAUGGGAAUUAUGCUAACACUAAUUCUAGGGUGGCUUGUUUGAAUAUUUGUGUACAAGCAGGAUUUCCUUAUGCUGGAGUUCAAUAUGCUUCAGAGUGUUUUUGCGGAGAGAAUGUUCCUUCUGCGUCAGCCAAGAUUUCUGAUGCUGCUUGUGAUAUGAAAUGUCCUGCUGACCCCUCCAGUACCUGUGGUGGCUAUUUUACAAUGAAUGUAUUUGAAACAGGACUUGCAAAAUUCAAUUCAGUUACUCCAGCAGUUUCAAGCAGCACAAAUCAGUCAGUCAGAAUUAUAUUUCUUUUGACAUUAAAUGGGCGUGCAUUACGACAAGUUCACAGACUAAUCAAUGCUCUCUACAGAACCAGCCACUAUUUCUACAUACAUAUUGAUGCGCGGCAAGAUUACUUGUUUAGGAAACUGUUAGCUCUUCAAAAACAAUUCUCAAAUAUCAAACUGGCCCGAAAAAGAUUUUCCACCAUUUGGGGUGGAGCAUCUUUGCUUACUAUGCUUUUAACAUCUAUGAAAGACUUUAUAAACUUUGGUUGGCAAUGGGACUUUGUUAUCAAUUUAAGUGAGAGUGACUUCCCAAUCAAAUCUUUAGAAAACAUGGAAAGCUUCCUAUCUGCUAACAAAGGUCUCAAUUUUGUCAAAUCCCAUGGAAGAGAGGUACAAAGAUUUAUUAAAAAACAAGGACUGGAUAAGACUUUCAUUGAAUGUGAAACUCACAUGUGGCGUGUAGGUGAAAGGAAACUACCUAGAGGAAUAAUCAUUGAUGGUGGAAGUGAUUGGAUAGCAUUGUCACCUGAAUUUGUCUCUUACAUAAUAGGUGAAAAAGAUGAAUUGCUAGCUGGAUUGGACAUUGUUUUUCAGCACACACUCUUACCAGCCGAAUCAUUCUUUCACACAGUUUUAAGAAAUUCUCAUUUUUGCAAUACUUAUGUAGACAACAAUUUGCAUGUGACCAAUUGGAAAAGAAAAUUAGGCUGCAAAUGUCAAUACAAACAUGUGGUUGAUUGGUGUGGAUGCUCCCCUAAUGAUUUCAAGACUGAAGACUGGCCAAGAAUUCAGAAUACUCAAGACAGACAGUUAUUUUUUGCAAGGAAAUUUGAGCCUAUUAUUAAUCAGGAAAUUAUUACUAGAGUUGAAAGUUUCAUUGGAUUAAAUGAUCAUCACCUAAUACAGAAUUUGGAAGCUUAUUGGCAGAGCAUCUACAACACAGAUGAUCUAACAGCUAGCACUGACGACACCCUAUUAACGCAUGCAGAAAGCAUAAUUCGACAAAAUGCAAAAAUUCUACUUGAUAAGGGAUGCUCGUUAGAUACCGAUGAGAUUAUUGAAAUAAAUACGUAUAACUUUGCAGAUGUAUAUAAAGGAAAUCUGAUAUUACAUAAAGUAUUUACGGAAAAUGGAGAAAAUGUGUUGAUGGAGACUUGGUAUAAGCCACAAAAACAUUUAGAAUUAAAUUUUGAAAGUAGUUAUGUAGACAAUGUUAAGAUAUUUAAAGUAAGCUCACAGUAUGACCAAAAGGAAAUGAUUUUUAGAAAUUUAGGUUCUAUUUUGGGUCCUUUAUCUGAACCAAAUUUGUUGUAUCGGUUUGCACCUCACUUUGACAAGCAGUUUGAGAAUUUAACUGUUCUCUGGAUGGAUCCCGCGGGGUUAAUAGCGGAUAUUAAUUACAUCCAUCUAGAAGAAAAUAAUCUUACCAAUUUUGUCAAACCCACCCUCAAGGUGCCACUGUUGCCUGGAGUUUGGAAAGUUGGUCUUUUUGAAAGUAAGUCAAAUUUAAUAGCAUUAACAAAAUUCCUUAUUACACCGUUACAGUAUUUCUCGGGGAAGGAACUUUCUCACCAAGAAGCAAAUAUAAUACACAGUGGGUCACAGAGUGCUUAUAAAAACUUUACCUACAUAAAGCCUAUUAACUUUUUGCCUGGGCCUGAUGACAGUUUAUUGUUACAAAAAAUAUCUUCCUCCAAUACCAAAAGAAUACAGCAGGAUUUGAGAGAGUGGAUAGAUGGAUUAACUUCAGAGUUUUACAAUGUUUUAGGUUCAUGUGUAGCUCCAACUAGUAAUAGUCCGGACAAAUCGUUUAUUUGUGGUAAGCAUUCAUUUGAAUACUGCAAAUCCACAGAAUGGAGCUCCUUGUCACCAGAUCCUAAAGGGUCUAUAGGUAAAUUAAACAUUAAGACUGGUCGCCUUGAAAGGGUAUGACGAAUACACAAUCUUGUAUUGUUUAAUGAAAUAAAUGAAAUGAAUACUUGAAACAGAUUGAUAAAUGAGUGAACGUAUGAUGAAAGUAUUAUGAGUUGUGACGGUAUAAACGGUUAUGGUUAUAUUAGUUAAAAUAUUUGUUUGAAUAUGUUUUGAAGUCGUUAGUUAAAUAUACACAAAGCGAGCCGCCAGUGUAGACGUGUAAGACGUGCCGAAUCCAAAUACUACGAUGGGUGUAUCCCAUUUGUCCCAUGGAACUGUGAAACCGUUAAGUAGUAGUACCUAAUAGGUAAUAAAAUUAUAAUAUAAAUUGUGAAAAUAAAUGCGAGUCACAUCGAACAAUCAAAAAGUAGGCACCAAUAUACACUAUAUACAGUACCGGACAAUAAUAUAUCACCUUUGUGUUUUUUGUAUGAGUAUGUAAAGAGUAAAUAAUAUAGGUUAAUUUGUAUAUUGCAUAUUUUACUAGUCAUUUUUUACAAAUAUAUGAUAAAUACUUCAAAGAAAUACUGUGAAUUACAAUAGGAGAUUCAGCAUAUUACUAAAAAAGCUCCAAUAAAAAAAAUUAAGGUAAAAAACACUCACAAAUUUAAAAAAUAAGUUAUAUCGUAAAGACAUGGAGGUGAUAUAUAUUAUUAGCCGGUACUGUACCUACAGAUGGACCUCAAAACGUAAACUAAAGCCCAUGAUAAUAUCGGCUCAACUAAUGAGAAAUAGUAUGUAACAAUGCUUAAUACGUUUAUUUUGUGGUACGUUUUUAGAAUCAACCUAUUAGUAUUUAGCAUGCUUUUUGGGUCUAUACAAGGUCAAUGUGAUUUUUAAACGAUCGGCAACGCACAUACACCCCCGAAGUUGCAGGCGUCCAUAGGCUAUCGUGAUCAGCGGGCCGUAUGCUUGAUUGCCACCGAAUAAAUGUUGAGACGACCGUCUUUUUUGUCGGUAUGUCCGUCAUAGGGCGAGAAUUCUUAUUUGAAUACGUAGAUACCUACUAGUACGACGCUCAGAGAUAGUCAGAAAGGAAGACCUUUGCUCUUCUGGUGGACUAUGUGUACAAACACAAACGCAAAAGUUACAAGCAACGAAAGACCUUGUAGACGGUUUUUUCCAUAUUGACCUCAAUUAUAGAAGGUGAACUCCAUUACAUUUCUAUUAAAAAUCGGUUUUAGUUGGUACCGUUAUCCAAAAAAACAAGUUAUGCUAUCCCAAUUCAUCCAUUUAAGGUCUGUUAUAAUAUCGAACAAUUAAUUAUUGAUUUAUGAAUGAAUGAAUAUUUUUAUUUCAUGUAACACAUGGACACAUAUUUUUAUUAGUAGAACUUACAAACUAAGGGGUUAGUAGGUACAGCAAACAUUAAUUUAAAAUAAAACAACACUGAUGGGGGAAUGCAAUCCCUCACAGUGCGACAAGUAGGGACAGUCAACCCUAUCCUCUAUCAUUCGUAGGAUGCUGUUGGGACUGCCACGCACCCGGCGCACCAGGGAUGCUGCGCGUGCACGCAUGGUAGUAUAAAAACAGUCCACGCGCGCCGUCAUGAACAUCCCCGAUGCGCAACAGAAACGGGGCAGCCCCAUCAGCACCCGGAACGCAUUAUUGUACUGGACCCUAAGGGCCCCGUAUGCCCAUAUAAUGAUGAUAUGAAUUAUCCUUUUUCACGCCAAUGAUGAAUAUAUCCGCAGCGUAUGUCCAACGCCGAAGAUGGAUUAAUCCGUCAGACCACAGAGCAAGAUAGACCUACGUGUAUAUACAUAAAGUUUAAUUUCUGUUUUAAGACUUCGGUCACGUGGCGUCUGAGUGACAGCUUUUGAGUUUGACACCGUCGAAAAGGCUAUAACGCCACAUAAAUGACCCUGAACUUUAUCAUUGACGUCGCCAUAAAUUUUGCAGUGAUGGAGCAUCACUCAAGUUAAAAUAGUACAUUACGAUACAAGUGCGAAAAAUAGGAAAUUCGAAACGAGUGGCGAUAAAUUAAAACACGACCGAAGGGAGUGUUUUAAAUCGACACGAGUUGCGAAUUACCUAUUCGCACAUGUAUCGUACAACGUUUUACAGUACAUAUGGCCCUUUAAAUGUUCGACACAGUAACGUAAUAUGCUACUUCUCGCACUAGUGCUAUAAAGUAGCCCCAUAUGUACUGUAAAGGUAAUUUAAUUCUUCGUAGAAUUAGUCAGUUCGUUCAGAAUUAUACAUAUAUGUAACUUGUUGAAUAAAUAAAUAUGUUCUGUAACUCGGUUCCAUAUUG